CGAGUCUGUCAACACAGAACUUAUCCGUGACUCAAUCCACUCCCCGAACCGACCACUCAACCAUGGCUGAACCCUCAGAACCCAACCCUGUGCCCGUGAUGACGAACGGGACGGUCAAUGGAGUCAACGGGGUCAAUGAUGAUCACAGACCCCAGACGCCUCAAACCAAUGGCAUGUCAUUGACCGAGUACAGCGCCAACCCAACAACACCUGCCGAGAUCAAACGUAACCGCUCCAAGAGCCUCGUUGCCGAUGAAUAUCUCCUUCCCGAUGGCCACCCAGACUACCUACGUCUCAUCGCCGGUGCCGCAUCCCGUGUCUACGAAGCCUGCAAGCUCACACCGCUCCAGCCCGCAGUCAACCUGAGCAACCGUCUCGAAUGCAACGUUCUCUUCAAGCGGGAGGAUGAACAGCCCGUCUUCAGCUUCAAGCUACGGGGCGCCUACAAUAAAAUGGCCCACCUCGACCCGGCCAAGAGCUGGAAGGGCGUCGUCUGCUGUUCCGCCGGCAACCAUGCCCAGGGCGUCGCCUACUCGGCCCGGAAACUCAAGAUCCCCGCUACCAUCGUCAUGCCGGAGGGCACACCGAGCAUCAAGCACUUGAACGUGGCGCGCCUGGGCGGCCACGUGGUGCUGCACGGCGCCGAUUUCGACGCCGCCAAGGAGGAGUGCGCGCGGCGGGAACAGCAGGACGGGCUCAUCAACAUCCCUCCCUUCGACGACCCCUACGUCAUCGCCGGCCAGGGUACCAUUGGCAUGGAGCUGUUCGGCCAGACGAACAUGCAAAAAGUCGAGGCCAUCUUCUGCGGUGUCGGUGGCGGCGGCCUCAUUGCCGGCGUUGGCGUGUACAUCAAGCGCAUGGCGCCCCUCGUCAAGGUCAUCGGCGUGGAGACGCACGACGCCAACGCCAUGGCCCAAUCCCUGGCCAAGGGCGAGCGGGUCCUGCUGAAAGACGUGGGGCUCUUCGCGGACGGCGCGGCCGUCAAGACGGUGGGCGAGGAGACCUUCCGCCUCGCGCAGGAGGUGGUGGACGACGUCAUCCAGGUGACGACGGACGAGGUGUGCGCCGCCAUCAAGGACAUGUACGACGACACGCGGUCGGGGCUGGAACCCGCCGGCGCGCUCCCCAUCGCCGGCCUCAAGAAAUACGUCGCCGCGAACCCGUCGUCCGAUCCCCGGCGUACCUUGAUCGCCAUCACCUCGGGCGCGAACAUGAACUUCGACCGGCUCCGGUUCGUCGCCGAGCGCGCCACCCUCGGCGAGGGCAAGGAGGUCCUCCUCUCCGUGCAGAUCCCCGAGAGGCCCGGCUCGUUUUUCCAACUCAUCGGCCUGGUCAUGCCGCACUUCGUCACCGAGUUCUCCUACCGCUACGCGACCGACGAGGCCGCCAACGUGCUCAUCGGCCUGUCCCUGACCGCACCCGCGUCCCAGCGCGCCGAGGAGCUGCAGAUGCUCCUCGCCCGCAUCCGCGCCGGCGGCAUGGCUGUCACGGACCUGUCGGGCGACGAGCUCGCCAAGAGCCACGUCCGGUACCUCGUCGGCGGCCGCUCCAACGUGCCCGACGAGCGCAUCUACAUGUUUAACUUUCCGGAGAGACCUGGCGCGCUGGAGCGCUUCCUGCGGACGCUCCGGCCCAAGUUCAACAUCAGCCUGUUCCAGUACCGCAACUCGGGUGGCGAUGUUGGCAAGAUCCUGGCCGGCAUCCUCUGUCCCCAGGAGGAAUUGCACGAGCUGGAGAGGUUCCUGAAAGAGGUCGGGUAUCCGUUUGAGGAUUGUACCGAUUCGCAUGUUUUCAAGACAUUCCUGCGAAGCUGAGAAUAUGUUCCCAUCUAGGUACCUGGGGAGUUGUUGGGCGUUUGGAGUUGGGACAUAAGGUAGAGCUGGUUAUCUCAAAAAGAGGGAACGCAUCUCAGGAUUUGGAUUCUUCACCUGUCGAUAUCUUGCAGCAUUUAGAGUUAGAAGAAAAAUAAGACUA